UUGUUUAACUUUUCCACGGUCACACUGUACUGGCUCCAUUUUGUUUUCCACGGCGGAACCUUUUUGCUACAUCAAAUUGCAUUUUUAAACGACUAACCGAGCGUUUUUAUAAAAUUUAAGUGUUCUAAAGCAGCCAUCAAACCAUGGGACGCAAGAAGAAGAAGGCCUCCAAACCCUGGUGCUGGUACUGCAACCGCGAAUUCGACGACGAGAAGAUCCUGGUACAGCACCAGAAGGCCAAGCACUUCAAGUGCCACAUCUGCCACAAAAAGUUGUACACCGGACCGGGCCUGUCCAUCCAUUGCAUGCAGGUGCACAAGGAGACGGUGGACAAGGUACCUAACUCGCUGCCGAACCGCUCAAACAUAGAAAUCGAAAUCUUCGGCAUGGACGGCAUUCCCGCCGAGGAUCUCAGGGAUCACGAGCGCCAGAAGAACGGCGGCAAAUCUGACUCCGAUGAUGAUGAGCCGGUGGCCAAGAAAAAAGUGGAAUAUGCCAUGAGUGUGCCGCCACCCAUGAUGAUGCCCCCAAAUAUGAUGCCGCCGCACAUGCUGGGCCAGUAUGGCAUGGGCAUGAUGCAGCACAUGCCGCCGCUGCCUCCGUACCCAGUGCCCUUGAUGCAGCACAUGAUGCCACCGCGUCCUCUGUUCCCGGCCGCCAUGGCCACAACCUCGGCGGCGGCGGCUGCUGCGGCGGCGGCUCACCAUCACCAUGCCGCCGCCAUGGCCCAACAAAAGCCAACAUUUCCAGCGUACAGUAAUGCUACCAUAAGUGCUCCGCCCACCACCAAUCAUGCUGGUGGCGCAUCCAGUGCAAGUGCACCACCAAGUGGUCCGCCCGAUGCCCAGCAACACCAGCAGCGUCCACCGGCUCCACCCGCAGCAGGCGGAGCUGCCGCCGCCGCUGUGACCACAAAGAUCAUGCAUCCGCAGGAAGACCUGAGCCUAGAAGAGUUGCGUGCCCGCCAACCGAAGAUACAGGUGCGUCUGGCUGCCGCGUUGGCUGCCCUGGCGAAUCCACAAAGCCACAAAAGUCCAAGCAACAAUGGCGGCGCCUCCGCGUCGAUGCCCGCCACGCCGCCGCCCCCGUCGUUGGCCGGGAUCUCGCCAACGGGCAGCAACAGCAGCAGUGGCAUGGCUAACGCGAUUGCCGUCUCCACAGCCAUGUCGAAGGCCCAGGAAACCGCUGCUCUGGUAGCACAGGCACACGCCCACGCUGCCCAGGCUCAGGCCCAAGCUCAGGCCCAAGCGCAUGCCCAGGCACAGGCCGUGGUCCAAGCCCAGGUGCAGGCUGUCCACGUGGCUCAUGCUGUGGCAGCCCAGCAGCAUCAGGCGGCUCAGCAGCAACAGCAGGCGGUGGCGCAACAGCAGCAGCAGCAGGCGGCGGUACAUCAGCAACAGGCGGCGGUGCAGCAGCAACAGGCGGCCCAGCAGCAGCAGGUCAAGCAACUGGAGGAACUGAAUCGGGCCGUGAUGCUUCAGCGCUUCAGUGCCAGACAGCCGGCAAACCCUGGCGCUGCGGCAGCGGCUGCGGCCGCCGCAGCUGUCGGCAUGAUGCCGUUACCUGGCCACAUGCAGCUGAUGCAGCCGAUGCUAAGACCGGCCAUGGCUAUCGGUCCCCAUAGAGCCCUCAUCGGGGGGAAUAUGAUUAGAGCCGCCGGUGGCCCCGGGUUCAACGGCAUGCCUGCAGGUUUACUGCCCAUGCAGGCGAUAGGACUACCGGGAAUGGCGGGUGGCUUACCACCAGGAGCAAUGGCAAUGCCCGGAAUGGGCAUGAUGCUGCAAGGACAUCCGAACAUGCUGCAGAUGAUGCAGCCGCGAUUUAGAUGAUGUCUGCCUGCAGCGCCGGGUCUGUUGCAGGCGCCAGCAGCCCAGCCGCCAACGCACCUGCAACCUCAUUCUUCGCACGUGCAGCCUUCGCGGCCGUUUCCCAGGACCACGGCCGCUCUCCAGGCUCAGCCGCCGCUGUUGAGCCUGCCGCUGCCACUGCUUUUUCACGAGUGAGACAAGGAUCAUGCUUAUAAUUGCAAACAGCAAACAGCGCAAACAGCAAACUCGGCAAGCAAGUUGUUUUGAAAACUCCAACCAAAGUCAAGUUAUUUUUCAAUGUAUAACAGUUUUUGAGACACAACACCCCCAACAUACAUACACCUUUCGGAAACACGCUACCCACUAAUCAGCGGUUAUGCCUAGUAAACCAGUCGAUGUCAUAUAUAUAUUUCGUUCAUCUAAAGCACUCCAUUCUAGCUUUUGUUCCGAUCCAAAUUGUUUAAUUUUCCUAAUCCGAUCUUCUCGAUGUGCGUGCAUAAAUACAUCUUUUAGAUAUAUUAUUCGUGCUCUUUGUAUAACACAAUGUACCACACUGCUAAACCACACACACUAACACUAUCCAUCUAAAGCUACUUUGCUGUGCUGUAGAUCUCUAUCUUUUAUCUGUAUCUAUAUCUGUAUAAUCAACAAAUUAAUCGUUGACACUUAAUCUAUACAAAUUGUUGUUUUUUAACAUUCUUUUUUCUAUUUUUUUAGUUUUAUUUAGUGAGCAUAUAUUUUAAACACAGCCACCCACACACACACCCAGGUUGUUUAAUUAUAUCUCCUUCAAAACAAAUGAAAUCCGAAAAGAAAAUCUUCGAAAUCACACAAAAACCAAAACCAAAAAACCUGAACGCUCAAAGCUCUGGGUAUGUUGACAAUUGCCAUAAGCAGCAUUUUUGUGUUGUUUUUGUGUUAUUCGUGCGUAAUUUAUACUUUUGAUUCUUUCUGUCUAUGUGAAAUUCUCUGCAAACUGUUACAAUAUUAUACAAUUCAUACAAGUUCUGUUUAGGCCCCUUGUUGUCUAGACCUUCGUUCAUUCGUUCAGUUGCGGCUGACAAAAAGUAAGUCCUAUCUUUUUUUACAUAGUAUAUUUAACUAUAUACAUACAUAUUUAUAAAAAUAUUCAACAUUUCUUUGUAUCGUUUCUGUUCUUUUGGUAUGUAAUAUAUAUUUGGUGUGUGUCAUCGCUGACAUCAGAUCAGAGCAGGUAUCUACAUUCAAUUUGUUUUUCCUUUUUUAAUAAUUAUAUAUGCACAUAAAAUACUAUCUAUCCUAAGUCAUUUGGUUAUGGUUAAUACUAAACAAAAACAACAUUUGCAAAAAAAAAACCCCAUUCCCGAUUAAAACGCUAUAUAGCUUAUAGAAUUACCGGUAAGGAGGCAUCUAGAUAGGUAUUUCUCACAUGUUAGUAGUACACUCGAUACAUUGUUUCGGGAUUGAUAUUGAUGCUUUUGUUUUGUUGUUACCGUAGCGUUCUUCCAAAGUUCCCAGUUAUUUAGCUUCCUUUCCAACACUUCAACCAGUUUUUGAACUAAUAAAAAAUAAUACUCAAGAACUUCACUCUUCAUAGACGCUCAGGCUUUAGUUAAUCCAAUGGUAAUCCUAUAAAAGUUUUUAGAUAGCAUAAGUAGUCCAUUGACAGUUAACGAGUACUAGUCGUAUCCUUUUGUUUUGUUAUGUUUAUUGAAAUCAGCAUGAAUCAGAUUGUUCUCCACGCCUCGAGUUUUUCGAAAACUCCUAACCCAGUGUAGCCUAGGGUAGUUAAACUUAGCACUCAGAUCCCUGGAGAGCACCACUCGCAACACCAACUAACAUUCACCCCUGUUUGAGUAUACCUAUAGUACACACAUGUAACCCAACCAUUUAACUAUAUAUCUAUCUAUAAAUACAUGUAUUAAUGUAACUAUACCGUGUAAUUUAAUCAUAAGCAAUGACAAGUGAAAAACUGGUGCCCAAGAAGAUGCGAUUGAAUCCGAAUAAUUUCUCAAUCGGGCCAGUUUAACGCAAACUUGAUGUUGGACUUUUGUGUCUGGCAAAUUAGCCGCACCGCCAUCGGGAUAUCGCCGGCCAUAUCCAAUUUCGUUGGCCCGGUUAGAUAGUCCUGCGGUGUUAGAACGGCGUGCUUCAGACGAAAGUACCUCAAUGCAAGACAGACAAUCCCAGAUUUGGUGGCAAUACUCGUAUACGAUUCACACACUCCCCGACUAAACAAACUCGCAUCUGUAUACAGUCGUUAUACUCGUACUCGUAGAAUAUAUUCUCUCUCUCUGGUAACUGUAUUGCGAAGACUUUGUAAAUAUUUGAUGGACGCAUUUCAUUUUGUAGAUUUGCUAUUUACUUAUCUCUAAUAUAUCAUUUUUGUCGGGAAUGCAAAUUUAUUUAAUCUUGUUUAAGAAUAUUAUUUCUGGUUUCUAAUUCUAUUCAGACUUCUGAACCCUGAAUAAGUGAUACAAAUCAAGAGAUCUUAAUUUAACAAGCUUUUUAAAAUUAUUUUGUUAUGUUUUUACGAUAUUAUUUUAUAAAACUUGAUUUAUCAAAAUUAUUUUAAAUACGCUUUUUUAUUGUCAAUUUAGGGCUGUGUUUAUUUAGUUAAUCGAUACUUUUUAAUUGAGUCAAAUUAAAUUGAAUUUACUUUCAUUUAAAUCUAUGUUUAGCUUGCAUUUCCCGUCUGUAGUCAAGUUUUAGUAUUCUUUUUGGUGGUGGUCAUUAAAAAUUAUCCAAAAUCUGUUUAUUUAAUUUCAUAUUACAAAUUAAUCUUUUAACCGUAAAAUUCUAUUCAUGCAAUGCACGCGUUCGUUUGAAAAGAGUACAGCUAAAAGGCUACAAGUUUUGUUAACAUUUAAUGGGCUUUAGGUGUUUUGCUGAACAGAAAAGAAAAUUAAAAUCUAAGAUUUAAAAUUAAGACCACCAAUCUGUCUGUCUUUGCGCUGGGCGACACGCGAGUAGCUGAACAAAUGGCAGUCACUGUAAUACUAAACCCCACACACAACCGAACCAAGAGCGUAAAAGUCUGCUGCGUUCAGUCGAAAGCGUGUCACAUUAAUUUUGCUGAGCGAAGAGUCCCCUGCGUCCGUCCUAACCCCUUCCAUCUAUAUCUAUAAAUAAGUGGUAUAUGUCUAUCUUUGGAUUAUGUUUUGCAUGCCCUGAAGAGUAUGCCUUCCGACAACCAGUACAAGUUCGAACCGGACGCAGGCGAUGUGCCGGAGUUUAGUCAGGAUAUAUACGGCUUUGGCCAGUAUAUUGUAACUCUGGGGCGAGGGCACAUCACAGUUAUCGAACUAACUGUUGGACUUUUCGGUCCUUGUCUUGCGACCACUCAAUCGUUAUUUUCACACGCAUAACACCACUAUUAUAACUUUUGAUGUCAGACGAAUCGCAAUGCAUAUACGCGUCUUGUACAAUCCACACAAUCCGGCGGCAGAAUCACCAACCACAUCGAUCACACCAUUUCUCAGAGCAUCCGAGUAAAGAUGGAUCCGAAAGAGAUUUACGAUAAAGUUUGUUUAUACAUUUUGUUUAGUGUUGAUUUACUCAUUUUUCAAUAUAAAAUUAAUCAAUAAUGCUUUGAUAGUUGCAACUACUUUGUUGGGAAAGUAUUUCAAGAUCGAACAAUUUUUAAACUAAUAAAACGAUAAGAUUUUGUUUUUGCCAAAGAUCUUUGAAGCUUUCGACCAAAGUUUUUUUUUAUUAAUUAAUCUUUGAAUAAAUAUAAAUGUUUACCAUGUUUAUAUUUUUCAUAAGCUUUCAACCAUUUUUGUUGCAUUUACUCUUAACUAAAGCUUUCGGAAUUAACAAAUCAAUUUUCCCUUAUCCAUUUCUGUUCGUUCAACAAAUAAUCACACAAAUAAUUAGCUAAUGCCUUUACAAUAUUUAGUGCAAAUGCAUAAAAUCAAAAACCAACAAAUUUGCCUAUGUUAAAUCUUUUUUAAUGUUGUAAUGUAAAUGAAAGAUGCAAACACCAGGAAAGAAAACAAAAAAAAUAUAUUUAGCAUUCUUGUACGUAAAAUGUUUUUACCAAAACGCAAACAAAAGUAUGCAAACAGCAAGAUAUAUAAGCAAUUGUUUAAAUUAUUUUAAACUAAAUAAAAGGCAAAAAUUUAUAUUAGAAACAAAAAAUGCAUAAUAAUAAUAUUUCUAGUUUAAUGUUUCGAUUGUUCUCUAUUCUUUUGAAAUUAAUUUAUUGAAAUUUUAAUAAAUCGAAUAAAAAUGAA